AUGGACCCUUAUCUGGGCAUCUUCUUCCUCACUCCCUUCUUCCAAUCCUGCUGUGCCUGGUCAGUGAAUAAUUUCCUGAUGACGGGCCCCAAGGCUUAUCUCAUCUACUCUAGCAGUGUGGCAGCCGGGGCGCAGAGCGGCAUCGAGGAGUGCAAGUUCCAGUUCGCCUGGGACCGCUGGAACUGCCCUGAGAGGGCACUGCAGCUCUCCAGCCACGGUGGGCUGCGCAGCGCAAACCGAGAAACUGCCUUUGUCCAUGCCAUCAGCUCUGCAGGCGUCAUGUACACACUGACUCGGAACUGCAGCCUGGGGGAUUUCGACAACUGUGGCUGUGACGACUCCCGCAAUGGACAGCUGGGGGGGCAAGGCUGGCUGUGGGGAGGCUGCAGCGAUAAUGUGGGCUUUGGGGAAGCCAUUUCCAAGCAGUUUGUGGAUGCCCUGGAGACUGGACAAGAUGCCAGAGCUGCUAUGAACCUGCAUAACAAUGAGGCGGGUAGAAAGGCAGUGAAAGGGACCAUGAAAAGGACUUGCAAAUGCCACGGCGUGUCAGGGAGCUGCACCACCCAGACCUGCUGGCUGCAGUUGCCUGAGUUUCGGGAGGUGGGCACUUACCUCAAGGAGAGGUACCACAAAGCCCUGAAGGUAGACCUGCUACAGGGGGCAGGGAACAGCGCUGCCAGCCGCGGUGCCAUCGCUGAGACCUUCAGCUCCAUCUCCAAGAAGGAACUGGUCCAUUUAGAAGACUCUCCUGACUACUGCCUGGAGAACAAGACGCUGGGGCUGCUAGGCACGGAGGGCAGGGAGUGCCUGAAGAGGGGCAAGGCACUCAGCAAGUGGGAGAAGCGAAGCUGCCGGCGCCUGUGUGGGGACUGUGGGCUGGCAGUGGAGGAGAGGCGAGCUGAGAUGGUGUCCAGCUGCAACUGCAAGUUCCACUGGUGCUGUGCCGUGCGCUGUGAGCAGUGCCGCAAGAGGGUCACCAAGUACUUCUGUGUGCGCAAGGAGAAGCGGGAGCGGAGCGGAGGUGGUGGGGCCAGCCGCAAGCUCAAGAGAAAGCUCUAA